CUCCUCGGACCCCUGGAGGCCAAAGGGAGUCACUGCCGCUUUUGUUGUUCGUCUCUCGGGCGGAUAGACCUGGCGCCCCGUCCUCGGGGCGGGAGGCUUCCCCACUGUCCCCAGGAUUCAGCCCCGAAACUCCACCCUGGGGGCCGACAGCUACCCACGGUCAUUGCCUCGGAGGGGUAACCCCGUGAACUUCAGGGCCUCUCGCUAGAGCAGGGAGGAAAUACAGCCACCCCACUGGAUAAAUAUAAUCCUCAUUAGGACUCACCGCCACACCUUCCAUCGGAGCUGUCAGGGGCCUGGCUCUGGGGCCAGGAACAGGGUUGCCAGAUUUAGCACACACACGAAGGAUGCCCAGGUGGGAAGAGGACCCUGAGCAGAGCAUCCUCCACGGAUUUGUCCAACACAUGUGGCACCCAAGUUCACCGAGGAGCUGGGAAUUGGACCAGGAAAGAAAAACAAGGGCAAGCAUUCGGAGGAUUUGAGCUACCUCUAAGGAGUCUUGGUUUUAUUCCCAGUGGAAAAUAGUAGCAGAGAGCAGAAAGUGAGUGCCAGGGCACCUCUUCUGCCUGUGAGCGAUUUGUCACUUCCUUCUGUAAGACUGGCACCAGCAGAAAUGCAGUCUCAGAGGAUCCCGGGGAGAAAGCGAGGCCGACCCCCACUUCACUCAACACCUAUGAAGAUGGCAGUUCAUAACCUUUAUUCUGCUUCAGCUGGUUCUUUACCAGCAGUGAAGAUCCCAAAGAAAAGAGGGCGGAAACCCGGGUACAAGCUCAAGUCUCGGGUUCUCAUGACGCCUUUAGCCCUCUCACCCCCGCGGAGCACGCCGGAGCCCGACCUCAGCUCCAUCCCUCAGGAUGCAGCCACCAUACCCAGCUUGGCAGCGCCACAGGCUCUCACAGUCUGCCUCUACAUCAACAAGCAAGCCAACGCAGGGCCGUACCUGGAGAGGAGGAAGGUACAGCAGCUCCCCGAGCACUUUGGGCCCGAGAGGCCGUCGGCUGUCCUGCAGCAGGCCGUGCAAGCAUGCAUCGACUGUGCCCACCAGCAGAAGCUGGUCUUCUCCCUGGUCAAGCAGGGCUACGGUGGUGAGAUGGUGUCAGGAGGUGGAAUUUUCCUACUAUGUGACCAUCCAGGCACCUCUGGGAAUGUAUACACACUGAUUUAUGACACAGGCCUGAUGACCCAGACCUUCCUGCUGUGGGUUCAGUUUCCAGCACACCUACUCUUUCAAGUCUCCGCAUCCUUUGACGGGAAGCAGCACCUGCGGAGUCUGCCCGUGGUGAACAGUAUUGGGUACGUCCUCCGCUUCCUUGCCAAGCUGUGCCGAAGCCUCCUGUGUGACGACCUCUUCAGCCACCAGCCGUUCCCCAGGGGCACCAGCGCCUCCGAGGAAGCCCCUGAGAGCCAGGAAGACAGGAUGGAGUCAGCAAAAACAGUCACCACUGAGGAGUGCCUGGUGAACCCUGCGAGCAUGAGCCGCUACAGCGUGGACUCCUCCUCCGCCUUUAGCCACAGGGGCUCCCUGCCCACCUCCUCUUCGUUGUACUGCAAGAGGCAGAACUCUGGAGACGGCCACCUUGGGGGAGGCUCAGCCACCACAGUCGGUGGUCCCCAUACCAGCCCCAUGUCUUCUGGAGGCCCCUCAGCACCUGGGCUGAGGCCCCCUGGCUCCAGCCCCAAGAGAAACGGGACCUCUCUUGAAGGAAACAGAUGUGCCUCAAGCCCUUCUCCGGACAGGCAGGACACCCGGCGGCCAAGGAGCAGGAACCCCUCUACCUGGUCCGUGGAGGAUGUGGUCUGGUUCGUGAAAGAUGCAGACCCGCAGGCUCUGGGGCCCCAUGUGGAGCUCUUCCGGAAGCAUGAGAUUGAUGGCAAUGCCCUCCUGUUGCUGAAGAGUGACAUGAUCAUGAAAUACUUGGGCCUAAAGCUGGGACCUGCACUGAAACUCUGCUACCAUAUCGAUAAACUGAAGCAAGCCAAGUUCUGAAGGUGUUUAAAAGAUAGAAGCAAAAUCCAGACAACAGAUCUCCAGAUCAUCUUCUGCCUUACCAACAUUUGCCACCAUCACAAAGAUUCUCUCCUGAAAAAGAACAGCCACAAAGACUUGGUCUUUUUAUAAAACUCGCGCAUCUUGACCUUUUAGAAAAUUCAACAUGGUCCUUUUGAAAGGUUCUUCUGUGUUAAUGAUUUGCCAAAAAAUUACAAAGAAGCCUGUUAUUUUUAACAUUUCUGGUAGGUUGGUUGCUCUUAGGGUGGGUACUGCUUUUAUAAUGAGAGUGUGGGGAACUGAAUGCUAUCACCCAAGGAAGACGCUGGAGACGUCCAAGGAUGUGAGAAGAACCUUUGUCCCUGCAGGCUCUGCGGGGACGCCCACCGCAGCACUACCUGUCUUUAGCUCUGACUUGGGGACCCUAUCAUUGUGAGCCUUGCUUAAUUCAGCUCUGGAAGCUGUCUUCUGAGGAUAAAUGCCUCACCUUGCACUAUCUGGAAAACUUGAAUUCUUUUGCUCUCUGAAAGAGAAGGAAAAAAAAUCUUUUCUAUUCCUAGUUAUCUGAAGUACUGUGUUGCCCCACUAGAGGGCAGACUGCUAAUGUAUUUUCCGGACCCUCACUUCAGCAGCCUGAUACUCAAUACCCAGUGGAUGGAUUAGGGUUUCUGUGAACAAGACCUAGCCUACACAGACACAGGGAAUUUAUUCCACAGUCAGCACCACAGAUUGCAACUUGGGAAGAAACCGUCUUCUAGAAGGUUCUAGUUCAUAUCCAAUCAUUACUGACUGACUGAGGUGCACCAGCAGCAAAGUCAAGAAUUUGGAAGCACGUUCUUCCCAGAUGGGGCUUUGGAGUUCCUUCCCUUCCAGAGUCAUUACUGAGGUGUCGAUGUAUUGGCAUGCCGGAGAGCUUAGUGACAUUUAGCCAUGGUGUUUCUUUAAAAAAGAAGAAAGAUGUCUCUACUAAGCUUUGAAAUGGGAGAGUGUUGAUUUCUAGUUACAUCGUGGGAUUAUAUAGUUGUAUGUGUGGCUAAUUUUAAUAAUAAUAGCAUGUACACAGACAUGCUAUUAUUGGGUUUAAUUCAAUUUACAAAUAGGUUUUCCUUUCUCACUGUGGAGUAAUAGAAAAAAAUUGAUUUCUACCCUUUUGCAGCUGUGUCCAGGGACGGACAAUGAAUCCACAAUUUACUAGGCAGAAGGGCAGCCUUGUCUCCAUUCUUCUUUUGAUCCUUUUCCCUUCUGUCUCUCCCUGUCUCUUUUUUCCUUCCUCUCUCACUGAAUAGGAAACAUAUCUUCAAAAUGAAUUUGCCUUUGCCGUGGGCAUGUCCUCUUCCUUAAAAAACGUCCGUAGAGUUGUAAGGGAGGAGAUGAAUACUAGACUUUGUGAUCUCUGGGAGGGGGAAGAUCAAGGGCCACUCAGGGCCUCCCUUGGCCCAAAUGCAAAUCAGAAAAGGCACACCGUCCUCGGGAUGCAGCCUGGACGGGCGUCUUGGCCGGUGAGUGGAGCAGGGUGGGAUUGCAGCCUUCUCACCCCUCCACCAGGUGACCUUGUGCAGGACAAGACCUGUAGAAACUUGAGGGCAGCCCUGGGUAGAUCGGUAUAUUGAUCCUCUAUAAAUCAGAACUUGGACAAGGAUCAUAGGAAACAUUCCAAGCCAUGCUCUUAGACCCACUUGAUGAGUGGUAUUUGAGAAAGCACAUCAGAGCAAAAUCCUUUUUAGACACGCAAAUGGUGACGGACUUAAAGCGUGACAGAAAAGGGAUAGAGCAGAGUGUCCUAAAACUGCCCAUGGAACUGAGCUUGAGCUAUCAGGAGAGCUGAAUGUCUGUUGGUCCCGGCACCUGACCGAACUACCCUGAAUCAGGCCUUGGGACAGUGUCUUCAAGAUUUUGAAACAGUAAAUGGACUCUGUCCCUCAAAGUUUGUAAAUCGUGAAGUGCUCACUGCUGAUCUGGAGGGUUCGUGCCCCGGUCCGGGAGGAUCCCACAUGCCGCGGAGCGCCUGGGCCCGUGAGGCGUGGCCGCUGAGCCUGCGCAUCCGGAGCCUGUGCUCUGCAACGGGAGAGGCCACAACAGUGAGAGGCCCGCGUACCGCAAAAAAAAAAAAAAAAUACCAUGGGUAGUGUAUAUAUUCAGAAUGGCCAGCGUGAAAAUAGUGAGAUCCAGAAAAUCCCAUGACAGCCUAUGUUCCUCACUCGACCAUUUUUGCUCAAUCCUCUGAAACUUGUGGUGCCUCUUGCAUCAGUAUACCUCAUACAUUUUCAAAACUUUCCACCAUUCUUGGUAGUGCCUCCCUCGGUACAGACACGUCAACGUUGGUGCUGCCAAAUCAAAAGCAUCUGCAAACAAUGUCAAGAAGAUACUCGGAGGCGUUUUCAGGGGAGAGAGAUUUUCCCAUCUCAAGUCUAGGAGAAAACUGGGUCCACAUUCAUGUGGAACUGCUCUCACAGAGAUGCUAUCUCAUUUUGCAUUAAACUUUAAGCAGGACAGAUUGCUGAAACCAUGAUAUUUAAGGUUUGACUUUUUAAAAAUCUCAUUACUCUUGAAAUGAAUGCUGCCACAUCAGAGAAUAACCUAAGGAGGAAAUUCUUCCUUUCCUGUUUUUGCACUGAAAUGCAGCUAGCCAACCAAAUUAUUGUUGCAAUACUGCAAUUAAAUUAAUUUUCACCCCUUUCAAAAAUCUUGUCAAACCAGGCAGUUAAAUAGCUUAGCAAAUGUAAAACAUACCAGGCCAUCUCCUCUAAACGGACCUUAGGCAGAGUCAUGCCACGUGUGUCAUUCUCAUCUGAAUGGGAGCUUAUUUGGGGGCCCUUGAACUUGUACAGAUGUGUUACUUGUUAUUCCACGGCAGUAGAUUUGCUCCAGGUUGUGGUAAACAAUGAUAUAGUUUUGCAUAAUUUCAAAUUAGUGUGUGUGUAUGUGUGUUCAUGUUCCAAACAUUUCCAAUUACACUUGUCUGUUAAACACUUAAAAAAAAAAAUCUAGAGACAAGUUCUAUUGCCUAAGGCAUUUAAAAUAUUUUAUGAGGCACAUUAUUCCCUUUGUAAAGACUUCAGGUAAAAGAAGUGCAUUUCGUCUCUGUGUGUGUGUGUGUGUGUGUGUGUUUCCUGACACUGUAGUGGGAAGAGCCUUUGAAAGUGGCUGGGAGUGUAUCAGCUUUUGCAUUUGCUCGGUUUCAAAUGCCUUCCCAGCUUUGUAGCCCUGAGGCAGAACUCUCUAAGCUGUUACUGCCAAGUAUCCCCUCUAACACCAACAGGGUGUGCCCUGGAGGCAGCUGGGGGACAGUGCUGGGGUUCUGGGCCUGCCUAGGUCAGGUGCUAACUGGACUCACCAAGCCAGCCCAGGCUCUGCUCCGUGUGACUAAGGGGACAGGCCUCGCCUGGGAGCCCAGUGGGCUGGUUUAGUGCCCACCAGCGCUUCCAUCAUUUCCCUUCGGCAGGGCUGCCUCGUAUUUUCCUUUACAGCAGGAGAAAGGAGUGGGGAGCUCCUCAGGAAAACCAAAUAGGAUAUUAAAAUACACUGGGGAGGAAUACUACGUGAGAAGGAAACAGUAAAGAAGGGAAGACAAAAAUAACUGUCCUAGGAAGACGAUAAGAGAGCACCUCUUCUAACAGGCCCAACCCUUUAAGCUACAGUAACCUAUUUUUGUAUUUAUGUGCUGUACGGAAGAUUUCUUAUUUUAUUUAAAUUAAAAGUAUGUUUUUUAUUACUUUCUGAGAUUGUUUUAGGAGAAUUUUGUCAUGGCUCUGAAGAUGAUUGGAAGUGCCCAGAAGUGACCAGGGACUUGAAUUUAGUCAUUGUCAGAAGGUCUUGAAAGAUGGAGAUACUCUGCUUUCUAAGGAACUAGCCAGGUUUCCAUACGUGUGAGUGGGAGGUGAGUGCUGUAUGACAUUUGCUCUGAUCCGGUGCUUUUUCAACUCUUCUCCAAUGGUUUAAGAGGAGGAGGAGGAGGAGGAGAUGGGACUCACGUUUUUUUCCUUAAACCUCAGAUAACAAGACAGGCAAUUGGGAAGGAGGAGAUGAUUUCUCAAAACUGCAAUAUGUUGUUAAGGAGAGGGAUGAACACCUGUCCGUGGUCUUGGUUUAUUUUUUGUUACAAACUCACUCCAGGAACUAGGUAGCCGCCCUGCUCUGCUGUGGUCUUGCCACGUGCCGUGUUCCCCAUGGCAUUAGAUGACCAUGUUGAGAAGUCCAGCGGUGAGCCCAGCAGAUGGUCUGCCGUCUAGAGGUACAAAGAGUCCUGUUCCCAUCUUGUGAUGUCACCCCAGCGGCUACUUUCACAGGACUCCCGGCCGUGCUGCCCCGGGAAGAGGGCUGGGAGCCUCAGCUUCCAGCGUGCCCUUCCCUCCAACCAUUAUCCUAAUCGAAGACGAUUCCUUCAUGGACAAUUGGAAGCUGGAUUUUUGGAAAUCUAGCAUUUACUUGAAAGAGAAUCGUUCUUAUUUAUUGCCACCAGUUAAAUAUUAUGGAAACAUGUCUGCUAACAAUUUGCUUUGUGUAAUUUGUUCUAAUGCUAAUAAGCAACAGCUGGGACA